AUGAAGCUGAACCCAACCAAAUGCACGUUUAGGGUGGAAGAAGGGCAGUUCUUGGGGUAUUAUGUCACCAUGCAGGGUAUCCAGCCCAGCCCGACCAAGGUGGACGAUUUCAUCGAAACGCCAGCCCCAGGCACCCUCAGAGACGUGCAGGGCCUAAAUGGGAAGCUUACAACUCUGAGCAGGUUCAUCUCGAAAUCCGCUGACAAGGCCAUGCCAUUGUUCCACACGCUGAAAGGCUGCAUCGAGAAGAGCAACUUCCAGUGGACGAACGAAGCAGAAGUAGCGCUCCAUAAAAUCAAGGAAGCACUACCCAAGUUACCCACGCUGGGCACUACAAGGGCCAGAACUCAACUACCCCACCCUAGAAAAGUUAGUCCUGGCACUCAUCUACGCGGCACGGUGACUGAGGCGAUAUUUUCAAGCACAUCAGAUCGAGGUGCUAACAAACUGCCCAUCAAACAAAUACUGCUUAAGCCGGAGACGUCGGGCUGGUUGGAGAAAUGGGCAAUUGAAUUGGGAGAACAUGACAAAAGUUACCGCCCAAGGACAAGUAUUAAGGGACAAGCAUUGGCCAAUUUCCUACUAGAAAUUCCAGAUGAGGGGGGCUCGGUUAAGGAAAAAGUGUGGACAGUUGAAGGAGCCCCGACCGACAGUAAUUCGUGGACACUAUAUACGGACGGAGCAUCCAGCAGGGAAGGCUCAAGGGAGAGGCUAAUCUUGACCAGCCCAGAGGGGGAAGAUGUGACUUACGCCCUCCAUUUUGAUUUUCAUAUGUCAAACAACAAAGCAGAGUACGAAGCUCUGCUUGCAGGAUUGCGCCUAGCCAAGCAAAUGGGUGCGAAGGCUGUAACGGCCCUGACUGACUCAAGGCUAGCAGCGAACCAGGUCAAUGGAAGUUUCGAGGUGAGAGAUCAGAGAAUGGGAAGGUAUGUGAAGAUGGUGAAACAACUGGUCGAAUCGUUUAGGCAGUUCACAAUUAAGCAGAUACCUAGCAGCGAAAAUAAGAGGGCGGAUGCCUUAAGCAAAUUGGCAUCUACAUGCUUCGACCACCUAUCGAAGAAAGUCUUGGUAGAGGUACUCCGAGAAAAAAGUAUAGACGAGCAGCAGGUGAAUGCCCUAACGACCAUCGGGCCCACGUGGAUGACACCAUUCAGGGAAUACCUACAAAGGGGGGUGUUACCGGACGAUCACAGCGAGGCCAGGAAGAUACGUAUAAAAGCGCCCUCAUACGCAUUGAUAAAUGGAGAAUUAUACAGGAAAGGGUUCACAGCGCCAUGGCUGAAGUGUGUAGACCAAGCCAAAUGGAGAGAGAUACUACAGGAAGCACACGCAGGCCAGGUGGGUGCACACGAGGGAGCACGGGCCUUAACAGGAAAAGUACUGCGAAUGGGUGUAUACUGGCCCACAAUACAGCAAGAUGCGUUAGAUGUGGCCAAGAAAUGUGGGGAAUGCCAGUCUUACACCCCAGUCCAAGCAAACCCCCCGGUACCAUUGCAUAACAUAUCUAGCCCAUGGCCGUUUUACCAAUGGGGCAUAGACAUAGUGGGCCCAUUCUCGAAAGCACCAGGGAGGCUGAAAUACAUGGUGGUGGCUAUAGAUUAUUUCACAAAAUGGAUCGAAGCGGAGCCGUUAGCGUGCAUAUUAGGGAGACAUAUGAUAAAGUUUGUAUGGAAGAAUAUUAUGACAAGGUUUGGGACGCCUAAAGUACUCAUCAGUGACAACGACCUAUAG